AUGGCAAACCGGAACACCAUCCACCAUCCCUGCCUCAUCCACCGCGUCUUUCGCCUGGCCUCCGACGACGCUGAGUGCUUUGAACAUGGGGAUGACGCUGUUGCCUACGUAUCGUAUACGGCAACCGUGAUUACGCUGCCGCCGCAGAGCUUUUCGGAUGCACCUGCGCAGGUCACGAAGAGCGUCAAUGGGUGGUUUCAUAUUGUAAUUUCACAUACGGCGGUGAAGGAUUCAUUUCGCAAGUCAACCACCGGAUCUCUCAGGUACCGUCGUGUUAAUCCCUCGAGUUUUGCAGGUUCUGACAACGUCUUAGGACUUCAAUUUUGCGGAUGGUAUGCUCUCCUUUUGGAGGUUCACGGUCGAACAGCAUCCAAAGGAACUGAAGAUUAA